UCAAGUGUGUUAUGGCCCAAUUUUCCCGAUCGUCGCUUGUUCAGCCCUUUAAUUUCGCAUGUUUUCCUCGCUCGUGAAAUACUCCCAGUUCCUGAAGUAGUAUCGAGUGGCUUUCGUAGCAUGAAGACUGAAGGAAUUUUUCGCGAACCGCUCCGAGAUCUGAGGAAAAUUUUUUGAAUUCGGCCGGAUCCGGAAGAACUCCACGAACUUAUUGAAUGUUAAGUGUUCGAGGAAAAUGCUGGGAAUAUUUGGAGUUAAGAGAAUGGAACGAAGGAGGAGGCUACCCUCUGAAGGAUGACCAUCGAGUGUAACAAGCUAAUAUUCAAGAAAGUCCGAUUCAAACAAGCCUUAGUACCGAAACCCAAAAGCAAUAACUCAACAAUGUCUAAAACCUUGAUCCUUAUAAUCGAUUUAGAUACGAUAUACCCCCUUCGCCCGCGCAAAUAUUCGGAGUUUUUCGUGAAAAAAUGACGAAUCCAAAAUUCAUCCCCACCCUCUGAACUCCCCACGUGAAGAUGUCCCAGAACUUUUGGCAAGGAGAAAAUCGCAAAACCAUUAUAUUAGUACAGUUAUUAGUCGUAUUUUCGUUGCAAGUUUACUGCUCGAAUGUCACCGCGAAACAGAAUCAGGAGGGAGAGAAGAUGUUUUUUGUUGUCGCGUCUUCUUCGAAUAUGACGUACAGCAGGAUCUUCAACAAGACGCUGACGAACCUGACGCGUAGUCUGUUCCCCAAGGAGAGAUACCAGAUAGAACUAGACACCCUUAUUAUUGAUUUACCAGUGAACGGAAGUUUUAGUGCUAUAUUUUUGGAGGAACUUUGCGAGAAACUUGAGAGAAAACGUGUUAUCGCUAUGUUCGUGAUUGGGGAUUCUCCGGCAGCCUCAACUGUCAGCCUGGCUGCUACUCACAUCGGAAUUCCUGUGCUGUGGGCCAGAGGACAGGAUAAGUUCUUACCCGGGUUCAGGAGUUUGGCUGCCAGUCCUCUAGAGAUUCAACUGACGCCAACAGGAAGGGAACUGGUGUCUGCUUUAAGAGGAUUGUUACUCCACGCUCAUUGGCACACUUUCACGUUACUCGCUGACCCAGCUUCCGCAACCGCUCUGAGAGGACCCGAGCUCUGGCCUAUUUUGAGGGCUCAACCAUUACACCCGACACUAAUAGCAUUACCCUCACCGCUCAGAGCUCAAUCUUUGUUUCGGAAACUGGCAGAUAUUUCACGCUCGACGAGGGGAGUAGUCGUACUGCUAAGCGAUAAAACAUCAGCCAUGAGAAUCCUGGAAGAGGCCAAACGGCUCAAUAUGAUGGAUGGACAUUUUGUUUGGUUAUGGAUUGACACUUCGGCCAAUAUUAGUUUUAGGGAAUUCACUGAAGAAGACAGAGAUAAAGAAGUCAAAAACCGCAGAGAUGCAGACUCUGACGAACGAACAAAACGUAGUUUGACCAAAAGUGACAUCAACGAACUUCACAUAAAUUACCUCUUACAAAACGAUCGAUUUCUCCUGUUCAAUCGAGAUCUGGGUACUCGUAGUUCGGUAUCGAAAAAGCCAAAUCCUGAAGAACUGAAAUCGAUAUUUCAUGUUAAGAGUGAUACUCAUUCCGAACUGCCAGCUGGUCUGCUUUAUCUUAGACCAUUACCGGUGAAGGUAGACAGGCAUUUGGUGAAGGGCGCCGUGAGAUUAUUGGCUGUAGCUCUGAAGAUGGUCCUGAAUCAAUCUGUAUACAAUAAUGACGCGCUGCAGAGACGUUUCAUAUCUACAAGUUGCUGGCGACCCACCAAUGACGCUGAGAAGAAUAUAUCUUUACAUUUUGGAAGGACUCUUAGAGAAGCCUGCAAUGACGCCCUGGCCGGGAAGAAAUUCACACAAGAAAUUGGCGUUGACAAAGUGGACAAAUCAUUAGUUGCAAAUUUCGAAAUUUUAAACCUCAUCUCUGAGAAAACCUCCAGAGAUACCACCAACACAUCAGUUAAUGGUAAAACUGAGACAGCUAGAAAUAAUACACAACAAAAUCGAGUACGUUGGAAAAGAGUAGGCUUAGUUUCUGGAAGGUCUGUACGCUUGGAUACUAUAGUAUGGCCAGGUGGGGAUCUCUCAGUAGCUGCAAUUUCGUCGAGAGCUCGAACAGCCUUCAGGGUUGUUACAGCCCUCUCCCCACCCUUCGUCAUGGAAAGCGAACUGGACGAAGAUGGGCAAUGUCUUCGAGGACUACCUUGCCAUCGGGUUCUCACGUCGGACAAGGACAACCUGACCUUAGUUUUCAACGAGAUGCGAAGGCUGGAGGAUGAAGAGGAGGAAAAAGAGGAAGCGAUGAAAGAAGUGAAGAAUUCCGAUUAUUACAACGUGGAAUACGAAGAUGAAAAAGAGCCUUUUUUACCCUUCCAAAAAUUCAAAUACAAAACGAACUGCUGCUACGGGUUGGCCAUGGAUCUCUUGGAGAACAUCGCUCAAGAACUCGAGUUCGAUUUCAGGCUCUACAUAGUGGCUGAUGGACUGUUUGGUUCGCAGACGUUGGUCAAGAAGAAACGACGCAACGAUCGAGAUGUUGGAAAGAAGUUCUUGAGCUACAAGUUCAAGGAUUUGGAGAGGAAAUCCGAGAACAGCGAUGGGGAGGAAGAAGAAGAUGUGGUGGAGAAGAAAUGGAAUGGUAUCGUUGGCGAUAUAGUUUCCGGAGCUGCUCAUAUGAGCUUCGCAGCUUUGAGCGUCUCCAGCGCCAGAAGCGAAGUGAUGGAUUUCAGCGUACCAUAUUUCUUCAGCGGGGUAUCUUUUUUAGCCGCACCGCAGCAAAAAUCGGAUAUACCUCUACUGGCGUUCCUGCUGCCUUUUUCGCCAGAGUUGUGGAUCGCGAUAUUCACCAGUCUCAACAUAACAGCCAUUGCAGUUGCUAUCUACGAAUGGUUGUCGCCUUUCGGCUUGAAUCCUUGGGGUAGACAGAGAUCGAAGAACUUCAGCAUGAGCUCAGCGCUCUGGGUGAUGUGGGGAUUGCUCUGUGGCCAUCUGGUAGCUUUCAAGGCGCCGAAAAGCUGGCCAAACAAGUUCCUGAUCAACGUGUGGGGAGGAUUUUCCGUGAUCUUCGUGGCCAGCUACACUGCCAACAUCGCCGCAUUGAUUGCAGGACUUUUCUUCCACGAUACAGUCAGCAAUUAUCACGAUAGAAGUCUGCUGAGUCAAAAAGUCGGAGCACCUAAAGCAUCAGCUGCAGAGUACUACGUUCAAAAAGCAAAUCAGCAUCUUUGGCAGCAUAUGCACAGGUAUACCCUUGGAAAUAUAGAAGAAGGAGUGGAACGAUUGAGGAAUGGUUCUCUGGAUAUUCUCAUAGCUGACACACCAAUCCUGGAUUAUUACAGGGCAACUGACCAUGGAUGUAAAUUACAGAAGAUUGGAGACACUAUAAACGAAGACACUUAUGCUAUUGGUAUGACUAAAGGAUUUCCUUUGAAGGACAGCAUUUCUGCAGUUAUUGCGAAAUAUUCAAGCAAUGGCUACAUGGAUAUUCUUCAGGAAAAAUGGUAUGGAGGUUUACCUUGUUUCAAACUGGUUCAAGAUAUCGUUCAGCCUAGACCCUUAGGAGUGAGAGCAGUUACUGGUGUUUUUAUACUUCUUGGUCUUGGUGUGAUCUUAGGACUUCUCAUUUUAGUUGUAGAGCAUUGGUUUUUUCGUUAUACUCUUCCUGCCCUUCGUGAAAAACCUAAAGGUUCUGUUUGGAGGAGCCGAAAUAUCAUGUUUUUCAGUCAGAAACUUUACCGCUUCAUAAAUUGCGUAGAGCUUGUUUCUCCACACCACGCAGCAAGGGAAUUGGUCCAUACCAUUCGUCAAGGUCAAAUCACCAGUUUGUUCCAGAAAAGCAUAAAAAGGAAGGAACACGAACAACGUAGACGAAGAAAGAGUAAGGCACAAUUUUUCGAAAUGAUUCAAGAGAUAAGAAGCACGCUCAGGCGUCAACAGGAGGAAAGCCAGUUGGAGGCUGUCACUGAGGUUGACUCCGAAGGUCAAUCGUCACCGGAAGAAAGGAAAUCGAAGAUCAGUCCUAGUCUCAUCAAGAGGACCUUCAUGAGGUCCAGUCCUAAAUCCGACGCGAAUAAAAUCAGAUCUCCCACGUCUUAUUUCAACAGGCAUCCCUUGUUCAGUCCUAGAUCCAGGAACAAAACUAAAUCAGCGACGAAUUUGAACGUCAGAAGAUUCAGUACAGAUAGUAUCUUCAACUCAUCUAGUCUUCUCAACGAAAGAAGCAAUUUGGUUGGUAGAAGGUUGAGUAGAGAUGCUUCUUCUUUCCUCACCAGUAGUCCCCCUGAUAUAAACAGCCGAAGAUCUAGUUAUCUAGACACCCUGGAAUCCGCAAACAGACUUUCAGCGAAAAGUCCUGUUUUAUCCAUUGAAAACGUUUCAGACUGCAGUGCAAAAUCUAUGGAACCCAUAAGGAAAUUAUCAGAUUCCGAAAGUAUUGGAAGAAAACUAGCCACGCUCCCAAAGUACAAGGAGGCGAUAGAAAAACAGUUCCUGCAUCCGCAGCAUAGUUUAAAUUUACGAAAAAGUGAAGAGACUCUCUCCAGUGUAGAAAAACGUAACGUCCUAACCGCUAGAAGCUUCACGAACAUUUCAGAAACUGAACCUACAACUGAAGGAAACCCAAUAGACGAUGAGAUCGCCAGAAGGAACAAAAUGAACAUAAGCGAAUUAACCAAAGAAUUAUCCAGCAGACUGGAAACCAUUAAACACCAGGAGAAUAAUGUUUUCCCCAAACAGAUGAACCCACUCAUCAAAAUCCACGUCGAAGAUACAACCAAUGAUACAGAGGAAGACAAACCGAAACUACAGAAAACGAGGCAUCAAAGCUUAGGGGAAGUUGUUCAAAAUGACGAAAUUCCAGCUAAGAAGAAACUACAAGAAGCUUCGUUAUCGCUGGAUAAUACGAACCCAGGAAAUUGUCCAAGUCCCAGGGAGAUUAGGCCUCCCAAGUUAAAAAGAAGGGACGAAUGUUUUCCCGAAGUUUCUAAGUCUCUAGAUUCCCAUCCUGUGGCUAAAAAGCAUCGUUCUACGAGGAACAAGAAAGAAGAAAGUGUAGAUUCGAAAUCUGCAGAGAACGAUCCGUCUUCUAAGCUUGCUAGACCAAACAGACUGAGGAAAAAAGAAGAAAGUUCUUCUUUACCUCCUGCUCCUCCACCCCCAAACUGCUCUCCAAGAAAUUCUAACGGUAGAUCCCCACUUGAACGUUUAUCGAAAGAUGAAUUAGUGCAUCUUUGGAGGAGUUCUGAAUCAGAGCUGAGAAGCCAUCUUCUGAAGGCGAUCAGAGAUAAGGAAGAGUCCAGUCAACCACCCUGAGUGAAUUUUUGAACGAUGCAGGAUGAAGAUCCAGGCUUUGAUUUUUCUUGAACUGAAGGAUAGUAUGUACAUUAUAUGGUUUAAGCAUAUUUGCAGCACGAAUCUUGAAAGAUUGUGCCUACCAAUGAAAGAUACGGCCUUAGAAUUAUAGAGUGAUAAAAGCGACCAUUAAAUGUCAUCGAAACUAUUGCGCUUUUCGUUUUACCAUUGCAUUCUCGAGAUAUGCUCGGAUACUUUACCUCGAUCUCAGAAAUGGAUAAGACAUUAUAUUACGAAAACUUUAAAGUAGUGAACAAUUACAACAUUCAUCAAAACUAUAUGUCAUAUUGGAAUACGUAUACACCAAUGCAGAAUUGAAACUAAGAAAAACACUGACAGAAAUUGACUAAACACUUUCGUUCUCGAGACUAUUGAUGCACUUGAUACAUAUAGUUAGGUUGUUGUAGACUCUGACACCAUCAUGAGGUAGAAAUCACAAAAUUCACAUGAAAUAUAACAAAGUUUUUCUUGGUUUAACCUGAAGAGCGUCGUUCUACUAAACAUAACUGAAGAAAUAAAUGAAAUAAUGCUUUUUAUAUAUGAAAUUUCUGUUUCGCAGUUUGUUUUUUUAUUUAUUCAAACUAGGGAGCUAAUGAUAAAGAUUCGAGGUAUGUAUCACACAGAAAAAUCUAUAGCACAGAGUCAUUUUAUCUAAUAUUUGUCCAAAAAAAAUCCUCCAAUGCACUUCGAGUAAUUAAAAAUUAACAAUUCAAAACUUAAGCAUAUUUAUUGCACUCAUACCGUUCAUUAUAAAAAAUUAUUGCAAAAUAUCUGUGUCAUGUAUUUAUAAAAUUAAGUAGUAAUGGAUAAUAUUCGACAUUGACCUAUAAUAAAAACAUAAUAAGCUGCGAGCUGAUAGAUGUACGAUGUGAGAAAUGUUCUAAAGAUAACAAACAAUGAUACCCUAUCAUACUUGAUGGCAUGUUCGAAAUUAUAAAUAAUAUAGAUCAAGUGCAUCAAGGAUCGAUAUGAAUUUUCAGAAAAAUUUGCCUUAUUGAUAUUCACGUUACUAUUAGAAAUUAAAUGUUAGUUUAAAAUGAGCUGCCGGUCAAUUAAGAAAAAACCCGCCCAUCAUCAAGGAACAUGCCAAAUGUAGAAAAAUCCUCAAGGCAGCUAUUGUUUUAAUUGAAUUUUCGACAUGUUUUAGGUUCAAGGGACUAGGAUGUUUUUAGGGUACAACGCACAAAGAAUUGCUUGAUUGACAUUCCAGAUUCUCAAUCUGAUGAAUAUACUGAGUACAAAUUUCCUUAUUUCAAAUAUUUAUGACGACGAAAGAUGAAUUUUUCUUGAAGUAACUGCCAAUUAAAUAUAGUAAAUCUCUUGAGGAUGGUGAUAAUGGAGUCUUAUGCAAAUAAAGAGCCAAAUCGAUGGCCAUUUUAAUUAGAUGUAGAUGGGUAGUGAAAUAUUCCACAUUGGAUUUUAUGGUACUAUAUAUAUAUUUAUGAAUUUAAACCAAGAUCUAUUAAGUGCAAUAUCACUGUGACAUACUUAUAAGCACCACAUUACAAGAGAAGUUUAUCCAUAGAUUCCUUUGAAUUUGAAUCAUUUAUGUUGAACAUAAACCGUCAAAAAGAUUAACGAAUGAAAUGAUUAAAAAUGUGAAAGUUUUUGAUGUGUGAUUUUAUCUAAUUAUUCUCAUUAAAAAAUCUUAUAUUCCUAUUAAAAUUUUCUCUGCAUGCCAAAAGGAUUUUGAUUUGAAAUAAUAUGUGAUGCUUUAUUGAACAUAUAUUUUCUGAAAAAUCAACAGAUUCUUACUGAUAAUUAAUUAUUAAAGUUGUGUAUUUCAGAACCGAAUGUAAAAAUUUUAUUGAAAUUUAUUGAAAGACAUAUAAAAAUCGUUUGAAAGAAUACUAUAUAUAUAUAUAUAUAUUCAAUUGUAAAUAUUGUAUAAACAGAGAUCAAGAUUCAAGUUUGUAUGUUUUGAUUUUUCUUCCAGAUUCUAUUGUUGAGAAAUAAAAAUUAGAACUGAAGAAG